GCAUUAUUAGAGAAAGAGAGAGAGGGGGGAAAAGAUUUUCAAGAGAGAGAAAAAGAUGAAUGAAAGAAAAUGCCAUCCAUUGUUGAGGGGAGGAAGGAGAAGAAACAGCUAUAAUCAUGGCCUGUCUUCAUCUCAGUAUCAAGCUUUAGCUGCUAUUUGCGAAGCUCUCAUACCUCCCAUUCCACUCCCUCAAGAUUCCGAUGAUGAAGCUGUGUGUUCCUUCUACAGCUCUUCAGCCUCUCAGCCUCCUUUCCCUGAUGAGGUAGCAGAUGUGGUGGCGAGGAGGUUCUUACCUGAUGCAGUGUUUAUAUUCAGAUUGGUUCUGAUGAUUCUAUCUACCAGACUGGGAAGUCUUCUGCUUUGUGGGUUUGUUUGCUUUGAUGGAAGAUGGCCCUUCAUUCACAACUUCUCUGAGUUACCCUUGAAGCGAAGAGAAGCCAUUCUCCAAAAAUGGUCAAGGGAAACCCGUAUACUUCCUCUAAGAAUUGUGUUCAUGACCAUCAAAAUUGCCUGCUAUUUCAUUUUCUUCUCUUGGACUGAUGAAAAUUCUAAUAAUCCGGCAUGGGAAGCAAUUGGCUUCCAUGUAGACACCAAUGAAGUUCCCCCAGAACAACAUAGAGAAAGGCCAUUAGAAAAGGGUAUCAUUGAAACCAUAAAUGAAAAUGAUACCACCUUGAAAGAAUCCCUGAUCAGGAAGGGCCUAAAUGUUACUGAAAGCCAGAAUGCCAACACUCUUACAAUCAGAUGUGACGUUGUAAUCGUUGGUUCUGGUUGUGGUGGAGGGGUGGCAGCAGCAGUCCUUGCAAACUCCGGUCAGAAAGUUGUCGUGCUCGAGAAAGGUCACUACUUUGUGUCAGAAGAUUAUUCAGGCGUGGAGGGACCUUCCUUGAGUGAACUAUAUGAAUCUGGUGGAAUGUUAACUACCACAGAUGGGAAAGUAAUGGUUUUCGCUGGAACAAUGAUAGGUGGUGGGUCUGCAAUAAACUGGUCAGCUUCCAUUAAAACUCCUAACAAUGUUCUCAAUGACUGGUCUUUGGAACAAAAGAUUCCACUAUUCGGAAGCUCAGAGUAUCAAUCAGCCAUGGAUGCAGUCUGCAAACGGAUCGGUGUUACUGAGGUUUGCUCCAAGGAAGGACUUCAGAAUCAAGUGCUAAGAAAAGGGUGUGAAAAUCUUGGGCUUAAGGUUGAGUCAGUUCCAAGAAAUUGUUCUGAGAAACAUUACUGUGGUUCUUGCGGCUAUGGCUGCAGAACAGGUGACAAGAAGGGAGUUGACACCACUUAUCUAGUCGAUGCUGUUAACAAUGGUGCAGUCAUCUUAACAGGUUGCCAAGCAGAAAAGCUCAUAUUGGAAGAAGAUGAAACGGCAAGAAAGAAAUGCUUAGGAGUGAUUGCCACAAGCAAAGGUAACAACAAGAUACUUCUUCGUAUUGAAGCACGAGCAACAGUUUCAGCUUGCGGAUCACUCUAUACACCGCCACUGCUGAUUUCCAGUGGAUUGAAGAACAAAAACAUUGGCAGCAACCUCCAUCUCCACCCCGUCCUAUUUGCGUGGGGAUACUUCCCAGAAUCCAUGGCAGAAAUGGAAGGCAAAAAUCACCAGGGAGGGAUAAUCACCUCUAUCCACAAGGUGGUCUCUGAAGAAACAAAACAACAGGCAGCCAUUAUAGAAGCUGCUGCACUAGGACCUGCUGGGUUUGCAGCUGUGUCUCCAUGGACUUCAGGUCUUGACAUGAAGGAGAGGAUGAGGAAAUACUCUCGAACUGUGAACAUAUUCUCAAUGGUCCGAGAUCAUGGCUCCGGCCAGGUGAAGAAGGCCGGGCGGAUACAAUACCGUAUGGAUCAGAUUGACAAAGACAACAUCCGAACUGGUUUAAGACAAGCAUUGAGGAUACUGGUGGCAGCAGGGGCCGUUGAAGUAGGCACAUUUCGAAGCGAUGGCCAGAAAAUCUGCUGCAAAGGAAUCAAGACUGAGGAGUUGGAGUCGUUUUUGGACGGAGUUGUUGCCACGGAAGGGCCAAUGUCUGGAGGAGAAAACUGGACUCUGUACUUUUCAGCACACCAAAUGGGGAGCUGCAGAAUGGGGGUUACUGAGGAAGAUGGUGCAGUUGACAACAAUGGUGAAUGCUGGGAAGCUAAGGGACUGUAUGUCUGCGAUGGAAGUGUGCUUCCCACUGCAAUUGGUGUGAAUCCAAUGAUCACCAUCUUAUCAACUGCCUAUUGCAUCUCAAAUGGAAUAGCCAAGUCGCUCAAUAGCGGAAAAGCGUAAAAUUUGAUGAAAAAUUUUCAUCUCUAUAAUAAAGAUCUUGCAGUCUAUUGUCAUAACAAUUAAAACUCAAUGAAAUAGUAUUCCUUGGCAGAACAAAAAGAAAAAAUGUACAUCGUCCGACACUAUGGGACUUAUUGAAAAUUUUUAUGGAAAAAACACAAGCAAAUCACCACUUUCUUAAUGUGGUGUGAA